AUGGACGUCGCUUCGGCCAUUUCAGGCUAUGUCUCCAAAAUUGCUGGCCUUGGUGAAGGCGCUGCCGCCUCCCAAAGCCAGAAGAUGAAAAUCCUCCUCCUAGAUUCCGAGACAGUCCCAAUCGUAUCAACCGCGAUCACCCAGUCCGCCCUCCUUCGAUAUCAGAUCUACCUCAUUGACAGAAUCGACAACCCUGCCCGCGAACGCAUGCGCCAUCUCAGAUGUCUAUGCUUCGUCCGCCCCUCACCCGAUUCGAUCCAGUUCCUCAUCGAUGAACUGCGCGAGCCCAAGUACGGCGAAUACAACAUUUACUUCAGCAACAUCAUAAAGAAGUCCUCGUUGGAGAGGUUAGCGGAGGCGGAUGAUCAUGAGGUGGUGAAGGCAGUCCAGGAAUAUUUUGCAGAUUACAUUGUGGUCAACCCGGAUUUGAUGUCCUUGAACCUGGGAUUCCCCAAGCAGAGGCUCUGGAGCCACAGCCCAGACGUCUGGAACACCGAUGCCUUACAAAGGACAGCCGAAGGAGUGGUUGCGCUUCUACUGUCACUCAAAAAGAACCCGCUGAUACGAUACGAGAAGAACAGCCUUAUGGCUAAGAAGCUUGCCACCGAGGUCCGCUACCAGAUCACCCAAGAAGAACAACUCUUCGACUUUCGCAAAACUGAUACCCCUCCGCUGCUCCUGAUUCUAGACCGGAGAGACGAUCCUAUCACCCCACUGCUCACUCAGUGGACGUACCAAGCUCAAGUCCAUGAAUUACUCGGCAUCCACAAUGGCCGGGUCGAUCUGAGCGCUGUCCCCGAUAUUCGGCCUGAACUCAAGGAGAUUGUCCUCUCGCAGGACCAAGAUCCAUUCUUCAAGAAAAAUAUGUAUCAAAAUUUCGGCGACCUGGGCGGAAACAUCAAGGAAUAUGUCGACCAGUAUCAGAGCCGAACCAAGUCCACUGCCCAGAUUGAAUCGAUAGCCGACAUGAAACGCUUUGUCGAAGACUAUCCAGAAUUCCGAAAACUUUCUGGCAACGUCUCCAAGCACGUAACUCUGGUGAGCGAACUCAGUCGUCGGGUCUCGGCCGAUUCACUGCUCGAUGUCUCAGAACUCGAGCAAAGUUUAGUCUGCAACGACAAUCAUGCUGCCGAUCUGAAGACGUUGCAGAGACACAUUCAAAACCCGAGCAUUCCAGCAGACAAUAAACUCCGCCUCGUAGCUCUCUAUGCCAUUCGCUACGAACGCAAUCCCAACAACGCUCUCCCUGUUCUCCUUGACUUGUUGACCUCCGUAGCCGACGUACCUGCCUACAAGAUCUCCAUCAUCCCCAAGCUUCUUGCUUACCAUCACAGUCUUCAGCCUGCUCCUGUUGGUGGCGCCACCGGCUUUACCGAUCUUUUCGAUUCAGGUUCUUCUCCAUUUAGCCAAUUUCGACGCAAUCUAAACCUGAAGGGCGUUGAGAAUGUCUACACCCAGCAUUCCCCACGUCUGGAAAACACGCUCCAGAAUCUCAUCAAGGGGCGGUUGAAGGAACUACAAUAUCCUUUUGUGGAUGGGCAUCAUACGAGGGAUAAGCCCCAGGAUAUCAUCGUCUUCAUGGUGGGAGGCGUCACGUACGAGGAAGCCAAAAUGGUGGCCCAGGUCAAUGCUUCCGUGCCAGGCAUACGAGUGGUGCUAGGGGGAACAAGCGUGGUUAAUUCAACAAUGUUCUUGGAAGAGGUGGAUGAUGCAGUUGGUAGUUGGCCGGAUCAAGGUCCCGCAUCGGCAAGAGAAAGACUGGGCAGGGCCGUGGGAAGGUGA